AUGCGAUGGUGUUGUGGAGCCAGUUGUUCAGGGACUCCGUUUACUUUAAUUUGUGGAAAUAGUACUAAUAAUCAAAAUGGAGUUGAUAAUACUAGUCAAAAUAGUACAACAUUACAUGAUAAAAGAAAAAAAAAUUUUAAUAAUCCUAUUAAAACUUCAAAAAGAUCUUCCAGUACUCCUGUUACAGUUAUUGCUUCCUCCAAUUCUGUAUUAGUUGGUAGUAAUAGAUCAUUAGAAAAUUCUUCAUCUACUAUUAAAUAUGUAAAUACAGAAACAAAAGUAAAGGAUAAAAAAUUUUCUUUCACUACAACAUCAUCAAACUCUUUUGAUUACUCACCAACAAGUUCUUUAUUACCAAAAAAUUCUGAAUCAGAAAGUAAUAAUAAUAAAGAUGGCAAAAAAAAUUCUCAUAAAAGAACAUCUAAUAUAUUAUCUUCUAAAUUAUUGUUUUCUGGAAAGUCUAAUAAACUUCCCCCAGUACAAGAAAUGCCAACAUCAGUUGAGGCAUUUGGGCAUAUGUUGUUGAAAUCACAAAAAUCCGCAUUAAUAAUAUCUGCAAUCUCAUCAAUUGUAAAUAUUCCAUUCAUUGAAGCGUUAACACAAAGUGGCUGGAAUAUAUUUUAUAGUGAUUCAAAAGACUUGGAAUCAUUAAGCAAAGAAAAUGCAUAUUUUACUCCAACUGUCAUAAUCAUUGAUUCAAAAAUAUCCACCUUUUCAUCUCUUAUUUCAUCUUUACAUACAUUGCCUUAUUAUCAAGAUGAUGUCUUUUUAGUUGCCUUGGUUGAACGAUCCAUAUCUGAAAAAAGAAAACAAAGAUUGGUGAGCAGUGUGAUUCAUCAUACAGUAGUCGCCACCUCUACAGACAUUUCAUUAUUUGAAUUCUUUGCACGACUCUCCGCAAGACUUCGAGCUAUUCCAGCCUUAUUUGCUGUAAUUGAAGAGGCAGAACAACCAAUUGAAAUUUGCGAUCAAACAAAUUCUAUACAGUACGUUAACAAAGCCUACGAAGUGUUAACUGGUCUUAGUAGAAGUCAAAUAUUAGGGUUAAAAGGUUCCAGUAUGAGAAGACGUUCUCUUAAUAAUUUAUCUACAACACGUAAUAAUAAUAUUUUUCAAUCAUCUACAUCAUCAUCCAUCACCCAACCAACGACACCACAACCAUUGGAUUCUGAAAAUUUGGCUGGUAAUGUUACAUUCAGUACAACGGGUAUAGAGGUACCAAAUAUUAAUUAUGGUGAUAAUAAUAUUAAUCAAAAUAAUAUUUCUGGGAGAAGAAAAUCAUGUGAAUGGCAUUGUAUUCCAAUUCCAUUAACAAAUACCUCUUACAAUUCUCAAUAUGUAUAUGUAAAGAGAGGAAGUAAUGACGAUUCCAUCUAUAGAGACAUGUCUAGCUUUAAAAGUAGAAAUUCAAAUAAUGGUUUUCCUGAAUCUCCUAUCAAUGAGGUUAUUGGUUUGCUGCGUGAAGCUUUAUCUAGGUGUGACGAAGACAUGAAACCCAUGAUAAGAGAAGCAGUUAAAACAUUAAGUUCUAAUGAACUUUAUACACCACAACUUAGUAAGAUGAAAGAUUCUGAUAGAUUAAAUAAUGGAUAUUAUGAUGGACUUAUUAGAGUUCAACCAUCAUUAUCAAGGCAACGUAAAAGAAGUGUUGUUGAUGCUUUUCAUACAAAUAAAAAAAUUAGUGAUAAUAAUAGGAGAAGAAUAUCAACUGAUGUUAGGAAUGCUCUUGAAAAUGAAACUAAUUGGGAUUUUGAUAUCAUUCAAUUAGAAAGAAUAACUGACCAUCAUGCAUUAACAUACUUAGGUAUGAAAAUUUUUGACAAAUGGAAAGUUCAUGAACAUUUAAAUUGUAGUAGAGAAAUUAUUGGAAGAUGGUUUCAAGUAAUAGAAAGUCAUUAUCAUAAUGAUAACAGUUAUCAUAAUGCAACACAUGCAGCAGAUGUCCUUCAGGCAACUUCAGUAUUUUUAGAAUCUGAGGUGGUUGCAGAACAUGUUGUUGAUACACAUGCAAUUGCUGCUUUAAUUGCUGCAGCUAUUCAUGAUCUUGAUCAUCCAGGACGAGAAAAUCAUCAUGUUGCUUUAACAUUCCAAAUCACUGUACCAGAUAAAAAUAUUAAUAUUUUUCAAAAUAUGAAUCGUGAAGAGUAUAAUGGAUUAAGACAAGCUAUAGUUGACAUGGUUCUUGCUACAGAUAUGUCAAGACAUUUUGAGUAUUUAACAAAAUUUCAACAAACAUUAUUAAAUUUACCAGAUGAAGAAAAUAGAGAAUCAAAUAGUUUGGCAAUAUGUAGAAUGAUGAUAAAAUGUGCUGAUAUCUCAAAUCCAGUAAGGCAAUGGAAGAUCUCACAAGAUUGGGCUUUUAGAAUUGUGAAUGAAUAUUUUGAACAGACAAAAGAAGAGAUUGAAAAAGGAUUGCCUGUUUCUUUAUUACAUUUUAACAGAGAAACUUGUAAUGUUCCUAGAACUCAGGUUGGCUUUAUUGAUAUGUUUGUAAGAGAAGCAUUUACACAUUGGUGCGGGUUUGCUCAAAUUCCUGAAUUAUUAAAUAUCUUAGAAGAAAAUUAUGAAAAAUGGAAGGAACAAAUAGAUAAUUGGAAGGCAUCAGAUAAUGUUAAAUUAUUAUCAAGACAAAUAUAA